GUCUCUACUCACUCUCCAGUCUCCGCUUCUUCUUCAUUCCGUAUUCCGUUUCUGCUUUCAUUUGCUUUCCGGCAUUACUAGAAAAACAAUAACAAAAACACCCCAAAAGAAAAAAAUUAAAAAAUCUCAUUGUUUUUGAAAAACAUUUUCUGAAAAUAGUCUCUCCUCUCACGCUUUCUGUUUUUCUUCAUUCCAUUUUUGUUUCUUAUCCCUUUCGCAGCAUUUAUUGAGAGAACAAAAAGUGGCAAAAAUAAAAAGAAAGAGAAAAAGUUUCUAAACCCUAACCUCUCCCUCUCUCUCCAAUGGCGGUGACAAUGCACGCCAAGUCAGACUCGGAGGUGACGAGCCUGGACGCGUCGUCGCCACCGCGGUCGCCGCGGCGGCCGCUGUACUACGUGCAGAGUCCAUCGCAGCACGACGUCGAGAAAAUGUCGUACGGCUCGAGCCCCCUCGGCUCGCCGCACCACUACCACUGCUCGCCGAUUCACCACUCCCGCGAGUCCUCCACCUCCCGAUUUUCGGCCUCUGUCAAGAACUCUAAGCAUGCCAGCGCCUGGAAGAAGAUUCACCGAGACCUUGAGCUUCGCGCCGCGGCCGACGGUGAAGACGAUGACGAUGACGACGACGACUUCUAUACCGCCGCGGACGGCCGCGUCAGGCUGUACCUCUGUUUGGCCUUCGCUUUCGUCGUCCUCUUCACGGUGUUCUCGUUGAUCCUCUGGGGCGCCGGGAGGUCGUACAAGCCCAAGAUCAUCGUCGAGAAUGUGGUAUUCCGGAGCUUCAACAUACAGGCGGGGAUGGAUCAAACGGGAGUGCCCACAGAUAUGCUGUCGCUGAAUUCGACGAUCCGGAUUUCGUAUCGGAACCCAGCCACGUUCUUCGGCGUACACGUGUCCUCCACUCCUGUAGAAUUUUACUAUUACCAGCUCAAGGUGGCUUCUGGGCAGAUGAAGGAGUUUUAUCAAUCAAGGAAGAGUCAGAGGUCAAUAGUCAUGGUGGUGCUAGGGCAUCAAGUGCCACUCUAUGGAGGGGUGUCGGUUGUUGGAGGCGCUAAAGACCACCUUGAGAAGGUAGCAGUGCCACUGAAUUUGACAUUUGUGAUGAGGUCGAGGGGAUACAUUUUGGGAAGGCUUGUGAAGGUCAAGUUCCUCAAGAGCAUCAGAUGCCCUGUCAUUUUAAGAGGUGACAGACUUGCCAAGCCCCUCAAAUUGGUAGAUUCUUGUAUUUACAAGUGAAUGAUCUAGCCCUUUUAUUUACAGUUGCAGGGUUUUGAGCUGACUUAAAUGGACAAUUCAGUUCUUAGCCUUUUGCCUAUUGAAUUUGUUCUGGGUUACAGAUUUCAUGUACUUUGUAAUUAUGUAGGAUCCAUCAUUUGAUGCUUCUGAUAUCAGGAGUGAAUGUUAGGAUUUAUAAUAUAUUUCUCCUUAUUCCCAAUGUAAAUUUCAUUAGUUUUGUUGCAAAAAUAUCUUUUUGAUAUAAAGAAACAUUUGCCUUUCAGCUAUCUUUAUGGAGGCUUUUCA